UCAUCGAUCAAUUAGCAAAAUAUUCUUGCGUUCCCGUUUAUGUUGAUGAUGAUUUGGCUGAUCGACAUUAUAAUGGUUUUUCAAACUCUAUAUUGUGGCCGUUGUUUCACUAUCACCCCGGCGAAAUCACGUUUUCCCAACAAGAUUGGGAAGCAUAUGAAAUUGUUAAUGGUCUUUUCGCAGAAGCCGUUAAUGAGAUUGUUCAAGAUGGUGACUUGGUGUGGGUUCAAGAUUAUCAUUUGAUGCUAUUACCUUCCAUGUUGAGAGAAAAAAUGGGUGAAAGCAAAUUAAAUGUAAAAAUCGGGUUUUUUUUACAUACUCCGUUUCCAA